CCACAAUGGUACAGCCAGCAUCACGCUGCACAAUGGUUUCCAGGCAGUGAAAGAAGUUUGGAACGUGGUUACAAAAUACCACAUAAGGUUGCAGUUUGGGGGGAAAGGUGGCUGGACAAGGAGACUAGUUCGCAGGCACGGAAUGGUAUUUAUGAGCCGCCAUUUCUUGUACUACUGCAGUGAACCUACCCUGGAUGUGAAGAUUGCUUUUUGUCAGGGAUUUGGGAAACAAGUGGAUGUGUCAUAUAUUGCCAAACAUUACAACAUGAGCAAAAGCAAAGUUGACAACCAGUUCUACAGCGUGGAAGUAGGUGACUCGACCUUCACAGUUCUCAAACGCUAUCAGAACUUAAAACCUAUUGGCUCUGGGGCUCAGGGAAUAGUUUGCGCUGCUUAUGAUGCCGUCCUUGACAGAAAUGUGGCCAUUAAGAAGCUCAGCAGACCAUUUCAGAACCAAACGCAUGCCAAACGAGCUUACAGGGAGCUGGUCCUCAUGAAGUGUGUGAAUCAUAAAAACAUUAUCAGUUUAUUAAAUGUCUUCACACCACAGAAAUCUCUGGAAGAGUUCCAGGAUGUUUACCUAGUAAUGGAGUUGAUGGAUGCCAAUUUGUGCCAGGUGAUUCAGAUGGAACUAGACCAUGAGCGAAUGUCUUACCUGCUCUACCAAAUGCUGUGUGGCAUCAAGCACCUUCACUCUGCAGGAAUCAUACACAGGGAUUUAAAACCAAGUAAUAUUGUGGUAAAGUCUGACUGCACAUUGAAGAUUCUGGACUUUGGAUUGGCAAGAACUGCAGGCACCAGUUUCAUGAUGACUCCUUAUGUGGUGACACGUUACUAUAGAGCACCAGAGGUCAUCUUGGGAAUGGGCUACAAGGAGAACGUAAGACAUGUUCUGAACAUGACUGGAAGGGCCACAAAUCAUCCAGCAUCUAUGACAUUGUUCCAAGAAAACUAAGAGUAGCCCAAUGAAAUCCCUAAUGGUAAAGUGUUUCUUGGUUGAGAAUGAAAGCAUGUAGAAACUGGCUUUUAUCCUCAAUUGUUUCUUGUUACUUACACAUUGUAGCAAAGUACUGUUUAAGCUUAACUUCAUUAUGUAUGACAUUAAAAAAUGAAAGAGAAACAUCUGUGUCUGUUUGGCACAUCUUUUCCCUUAAGAAGGGAAGGCCAAAUGCUGUUAGGCCAAAUGCUGAACAAUCUUUUGCUAAAUAGGUAUGAUGGAAGCUUCAGUAAAAGGAGACAUUGAUACAUUACUAGGGAGAGUAAAGAUACAAAUAUGCAAUAGUUUAGUUAAUGAUUCACUUCUUAGAACUUCUUGCAAAUAUGUCCACUCCUUCAAAUAAUGUUUUUUCUCCCUCAGACUGACCUUAAAAAUAUUAGAUCUCUCAUAAGGAAAAGAAAAGCUUAGGGUAUUGCCUGUCCCACGCAGAACUCUUUUCCUACCAUUGUGGUCCACUAAGCUUCCAUUUGUAUGGUGAUGUUUUGAUGGUUAUGUCCAGUUUGAAUAAAGUAAGUAACUGAACAAAUAUAUUCUUCUUUGUUUGGUCCAUUUAGUUCUAUUGAUUUCAUGGAUGUGAACUGGGGCAGUAUUAGCCACUGAGCUGAGAUUUAAAAACAAAAGGGAAUUAUCAUCAAUAACCACCAUGGAUUCUAUAUCUGCAGAUGUCAGCUACGUACAAUGUUUUUGUACAUAAGCAAAGUUGAUGCUAUAAAGGUCUUACUAAAUUUCAAGGCAUAAUGCUGAACCAAGGCACUGAGGGAAUUAAGUACCUUAGGAGUUCCCAGAAACCAACCAAACAAGUAAGUUAGUAGACUGUGGAUUCUUG